CGGACUAAUCUAGAGUUCCGAACUAAUCCGGUCCAAUCAUUAACCCUUCACUCGCUCGACCGGACCCAAAACCGGAUGACAACCUUUCUCUCUUGCCGUUUCCUUCCAAAAUUUCUCCUAUUCAUCUUCCUCGCUCAGAAAAACAGAUAUCUCUGUGCUUGGAUUCCUUCACUCCAAAAUCGUCGGAGGUUUUUUUUUUUUAAUCUCUAGCAGUCGCACUAGUAGAGAGUAAUCAAAAAAUCAUCUUCCCACCAAAAGAAUGGCGAUUUCUUCCAUCUCUGCUUCGUCGGCAAUCACAUCUUCUUUCGGAACCCCUAAUUCCGUCAGCUAUCAUUCCUACUCUUCCAAGCUAUCUUCAUUUUCCUCCGCGACACAGCUUCCGUUCCAGCUGAAACCUAACUGGCUCUCCAAUUCACGGAUUUCGUCCACCACCGGACCUUCUCGAAUCCUACCUAAGGUUUCUGCGAAGAAGGAAAGCUUUGCCAACUUGGAUGAGCUGCUGCAGAAGUCAGACAAGCCCGUACUGGUCGAUUUUUACGCAACCUGGUGUGGACCGUGUCAAUUCAUGGUGCCAAUUCUGGAGGAAGUGAGCAUCAUCAUGAACGACACAGUCCAGGUGGUGAAAAUCGAUACCGAAAAGUACACUGCCAUUGCUAACCAAUACGACAUCCAGGCAUUGCCCACUUUCAUCCUGUUCAAAGACGGGAAGCCUAUUGAUCGCUUUGAAGGUGCAUUGCCCAGAGACCAACUCAUCCAACGCAUAGAAAGCUCUCUCAGCGUCCAGCAAUCAAAAUCAUAAGCUUCUUCCUCCUUUCUAGUCCACACAUUUCAUGAAAGCUCGGAGAUUUCCAGGAGAAAAAAGCAAAGCUUCAUUGUCAUCCUUCCAUCCCUUCUUUUCCCCCCAUAGAUUGUAGAUCACCAUGAAAGCCAGAAAGGCUCUGUAAUUGCUUAUCGAUCGUUUCCUAAUGAAACUAUUGGCCUCUUGAAGCUUAGUUUUAGUGUUCAUUCUCAUACUUUUACCAUACGAUGGGAGUUUAAUAAGCUAAAGAAGUAUCG